CCCAUUGGAGCACUCGCAUAAUAUAUUUGUUGGCCCUCUUCCUGGCCUCAUUCACUUUGUGUCAUCUUUCGUACCGUUUCUGUUUUUUAACUUCUAGACUUCACGGGAACCGUCCAGCGCUUUGUAAAUAGCCUGAGAGCCAUCAUCCUUGUUGAACGAAUUCACAACUCAUCACACCCACCACCUGCUGGGCAUGAUUGUUGCAGUUGUAUCAAAAAUAUAGUUGUUGUAGUGGUAGAAGUAGUAACUGAACUGCGGCCGCUCCGUUUCUCUGAGAUCGUCUUUCUUGUGGCAUUCACUACUGUCAGGUAGAGUAGGGUUCCAGUUGACGCUUGAACUUGGAUACGAAAGAGGCUUUGUGGAAUUGAGAAUUUGUAGUGUAGGUGUUGCGAAGGAUUUUGGUCCCGGUUCUGUGAAGGGCAGGAGGAAUCUGGUGGAGAACAGAUUGCAAUGGUGGAUAAGAACAGAACCCAGAGAGCUGCGAUGGAGGUUAGGGCAGGGGCACGGCAUUGCCUAGCUCCAGUGAAGGAGGAGGAGACUCCUUCUGCAAGCCCCAAGUAUAGAGGAGUUCGCAUGCGGCAAUGGGGGAAAUGGGUUUCGGAGAUUCGGGAACCGAACAAGAGGUCGAGGAUUUGGUUGGGAUCCUUCCCUACGGCGGAAAUGGCAGCUAGAGCGUAUGAUGCUGCUGUGGUAUGCUUGAGAGGUCCUCAUGCUGCUUUAAAUUUCCCUGACUCACCUCCCCAAUCACUUCCUGAAUGCCACUCGCCGAAGGAUAUCCAAGUGGCCGCUGCUGCGGCUGCCGCAGUCGCUGAGCCUUGUACUCCUGUGACGCUCCCCUUCAAUGGGGAAGCGCAAUCACUUGAUGCGCAACUUAGGAGCAUUAAGAAUGAGACGAAUUUGACGCCUAGAUCGCACCAAAGGCCUGCGGAAUCGGAAAACUCUGGUACUUCGGCGGAGCGAUCUUGGAAAAGCGCUUCGAAAUCUGAGGUUGUCGUGGAUGAGGAGCUUGAUUGCACAGGGGAGUCGACACCCCACGCCGGAGUGGAGUUUGUUAGCUUGGAAGAUGUGGGAUUGGCCUGGGACGGAAUGAAGUCUGAUGACAUCAAAUUCUUGGAAGGCUUGGAGGACAUUGAAUUUCCUGGUUCUAACCUCUACGGCCACGCUGAUGAUGCGCCAAGAAAACUUAUGAAAUCAUUCUCUGGACGUCGCGUUGUGCCACAAUACUGUCGUCAAUUUUCGGGCAGGUUUGAGCCCUUAGGCAACGUGCCGGACGUUUACAACGUAUUCAAGGUUUAAUCGGUGAAUUCAUCGUGCCCACGUUCAACAUUAGAAUCUGAAUUAGAGGCGAUAUUGUGGCGUUGGUCUUCGACAGAAACCAUUUCUUCAGAGGUGCAGCCUGCGGCGGCAAUCACACAAGAUAACCUCUCAUUUGAGUGUAGCAUAGACAGGAGCUUCUGCUAGAAAGCUCGGCCAUCUUUCUUCAGUAUUGUGCAGAAAUCGAUGGAUCUCUACAAACAAACGUAAAAUUCUUUGGAUGGUAACUUCUAGCUGAUUUUUGACAGAUCAUAGCGCCAUGAUAUGUUCGGAGUGCUCUUCGUUCCGAUAGUAAUAUACAACACUGCACUGAAAGAAAAAGAAAAGCACAUUGCGAAUCGAAACCUGUAAAUAAAUCUCGGAUAGCAUCCUAUGGGUGCUGCAGUUCCCAUCCA